CAGAAUCGCGCAGGCUUCGUUCUUGCAGCAUCAUCGGGGACAAUCUUCAUAGCAGUACCAAAAAUUCUCACGGUGUAAAUGGAAGCUCAGAAUUAGUAUCGUGGUGUACAAUCACUACAGGAACCUGUGAUAAAGUUCUCCUAUUUUCUGUAUCCCUUGUUCUUCUUUUUUUUCUUCUAUUUAUUGGUUGUGGUUAAGUGAGUGUGUGAAUAAAUAUCUCAGCGCAAUGCAAUGAGAUAAAAAUUGGAAUACGAUUGGAAAUAAAAUAAACUUCGACCAUAGUCUUCAGCUGUCUGCUCUCAUAAUUCAACAGGAUCCUAGGAUAAUCGAACUCUUCGAUGGCAGACCACGAUAAUACCUACGAUGACGAGGAGCUAGUGUCAGCGAACCCGAAUCAAAGGAACUGGCGUGGAAUUUUGAUAGCUCUACUCGUAAUUGUUGCGGUCCUAGCUUUGAUUGUGACAUCGGUUGCCCUACUGACACCACCGGACGAGGGUCCUAGAGUGCGAGGUACCCGAUUACGACUCUCCGAGAUACUUUCCGGAGAAUUAGUACCUCUUCUCUUCAAUGGAUCAUGGGCAAGCGAACAACACAUUUGCUAUAGAGAUGCUUGGGGUGGCAUUUCUCUCUUACACGUUUCACAAAGAAAUGUUACGUCCCGCAGUUUAAUGCCUAACGAAACUUUUAGGAGACUGAAUCCUGCCAAGUUCUCGUUGUCACCGGAUCGUAAAUACUUACUUCUAGCACAUAAUGUGAAGAAACUCUUCCGAUACUCGUAUUUAGCGCAAUAUACAAUCUAUGAUGUGAACACACGGGAAAUUAUACCGUUAACCCCGCAUCCGGAGAAAGGUGGUCACCCUUACCUUUUAUUAGCGCAAUGGACCCCACGUGGCCAUGGAUUAGUCAUGGUGCAAGACUAUGAUAUUUAUUAUAUAACUGGCCCUAUGAGUAACACAGGAUAUCGAGUUACUAACACAGCGAUUCCAGGUAUCCUAUCAAACGGAUUGCCAGAUUGGCUUUACGAAGUGGAGAUAUUACAUUGUGCGGAAGCAAUAUGGAUGUCGCCAGAUGGUCACAUGAUGCUGUAUGCUUCUUUUAACGAUUCACUAGUCGAGGAAAUGCAUAUAUCAUGGUUCGGAGAAGGGAACAAAGCUCUUUAUCCUGACAUAAGAUCUUUGCGUUAUCCUAAGCCUGGGACACCGAAUCCUGUGGUACGACUGUAUGUAGCUGAUUUGGCAGAUCCUAAGAAUAUUCAUACAAAAUGGGUGAAACCUCCAGCUAUAAUCGAGUAUACGGAACAUUACUUUACGACGGCUUCCUGGGUGUCAUUGACGGAAGUUUGUAUAACAUGGUUAACACGAGCACAGAACCUUUCCGUCGUGACUAUUUGUAAGAGUCCAAUGUGGCACUGUCAGGAAAUUCAAAGAAUAGUACCUGAUUAUCGUGGUUGGGUGGACACACCACCCGAACCACCAAUCUUCUCAACAAACGGGAGCAGUUAUAUUGCUAUAAAUCCUGUUAAGGAUGGUCCAAGUGGUUAUUACAGACACAUUGUGUGGGUGAAUGUUGGCCGAAAACUGGUAGUUCCACUCACACACGGAAAAUUCGAGGUCACCUCGAUAGUGGCAUGGGAUCAAAUAAACAAUACCAUAUACUUUAUAGGUAUUCCAGCAAUGAGGCCAGGCCAGAGGCACCUUUAUUACGUGAAAUCUGAACUACCGCAUGUAGGCUCGUCCCUGCAUCCCGCUGUUUGCAUGACUUGCACAGAAAUAUUAGACGGGAGUCGGAAUAACCAUCGGAAAACCCUCGCUCGUCACAAUAGCGCUUGGUCGGUCAAUAAUUAUAUUCACGACCAUUAUGAGAUGCAAACAGAUACUACGCCAAGCGCGGAACAAAAACCGCCGAAGGAGAAAGUUACGAAGAAACAAAAAUUAAAAGUACAUGCGCCACCAAAGUUUACCGAAGAACCUUGUCAAUACCACAAUGUUAUAUUUCCACCAGGCAGUACAAGCUAUUUCGUGUUAGAAUGUUAUGGACCUGAUAUACCAACCGUUGCUUUGUACAAAACUGAAUUUCCUAUGCGACGACCUAUUUAUAUUCUACAGAAUAAUACUCUGUUACGCGAGAGGGUUGCUAAUCUUGCUCUUCCACAAGUUAAAACGUUCCCCGUCCAAAUAAGUGGCGGAUACAACGCGCAAGUGAGGUUGUAUCUACCACCUGGCCUGAGGGAAGAUGAAAUAACACGGUAUCCAUUAAUCGUGCAAGUAUAUGGAGCACCAGGUUCACAGCUGGUAACAGACGUGUUUAAAAUAGAUUGGAACACUUACCUGGCUAGUAGGAAAAAUAUGAUCGUCGCGCAAAUUGAUGGUAGAGGUAGUGGAGGUCAAGGUUACAAGUUUCUUCACGAAGUUUACUAUAGGCUCGGGUCGGUAGAGGUUGCUGAUCAACUUGAAGUUACUGAAUACUUGCGGGACUCGUUGCAUUUUGUGGAUAAACAACGUGUCGCCGUUUGGGGCUGGAGCUAUGGAGGAUUCGUAGCCGCUCUGGCGUUAGCGUACCCCGAACAAAAUGUGUUCCAAUGUGGUAUCAGUGUGGCACCAGUCGUUUCGUGGAAGCUUUACGAUUCGGCGUAUGCUGAAAGAUACAUGGGUUUCCCAAGCGUUGCAUCAAAUUAUAAAGGAUACGCUGAGUCAGACGUGUACGACAAGGUGGAAUAUUUACGAAAUAAAAUGUUUUACCUGGUGCACGGCACUGCGGAUGAUAAUGUUCAGUUUCAACAGUCUAUGGCACUCGCACGACAUCUAGCUAAAAAAGGCAUACUGUUUCGGCAACAGGUCUACCCAGACGUGAGUCAUACUCUAGCAGGCGUCACGGGUCAUCUGUAUUUAUCGAUGGCACAAUUUUUGGAAGAUUGCUUCCAAAAACGGGCGCCGGCGGAUGCGAAAGCUGGUCUAAUCAGCGGUGGAUCUAAUCUGUAGUUAUAUGUACAUAAUGAAAUUCAAAGAUCAAUCUAAUACUUGUAAUAGUAUUCCAUACAUAAAUAUUACAUCUCAAUAUGUCGAAAUUGUGUUCCGUUUAUUAAUGUCGGUAGGAUAAAAAUAUUUUCGCAUUAUAUUCUAUAUAUUGACUUGAUGUAAGGAAAGGGCACACGAAUAAGAUUAAUGACAAACCAUUUAAAUUAUGCUUAUUUCAUCUUUCGGUCAAGGGCGAAUUUUCGAUGAGCGAAAGCAAAAUAAUUGCUUAUUCAAGGGUACGAAAGAGACGUCGCUGCAUCGAGGGUUAAAUGUGGCUGGUUCUAUUAAAGUGUUAGAUAUUCGCCAACUAAGAAUAGAUUAAAUAGUCCAAGUACUAUUACAAAUUAAAAUAGAGAAUAUUCAUUUAUAUAUAUUUGUAUACAUGUAUGUACAUUAUGUAAGUUCUCUUUUAAAUUUUAAACGUCUUAUGAAAAUAUUUAUCAAGAACAAUAAUAAUCUAUAUUUUGUUCCCUA